AAAUAAAUGUUUGAAAAAAAAUUCAACAUUUUCUGAAUCUCUAUAUCGUGUUCACUUCAAUCUUCUUCUCCACUCCAAAAAUCCCCAAAUUCUCAAUAAACCCUAGAUUCACCAAACCCAUGACCCAAUCAAAAAAUUUCUAGCUCCGAGGUUGUUGCUGUCGGUGUUUUUCGUGAAAAUUGAUGAUUCUGCUUUUGUGGGGUUGUUGUGAAAAUCGAAAAGUUUCAAACUUUGCAUUGAAAUCGAAGUGGGUUUUGGUUUUUUUGAUUGAUUAUGCAUAGAUCUGGAGCUACGAUGGCAUGGAACGUGUUCAAGUUCUGCACAGCUUUACGAGGACUUGGUUCGAUUAUGAUUUUGUUGGUUCUUGGUGUUGUUGGUGUUACUUAUUAUGCUGUUGUUAUUACCAAUUAUGUUCCUUCUUUGUAUAAUGGAGGGUUUGAUUCUCUUAUUGCUGUCUUGGUUUUGAUCUUGUUUCAUGCUUUGUUGGUUAUGCUAUUGUGGAGUUAUUUUUCCGUAGUUUUUAUUGACCCUGGAAGUGUACCUCCGAACUGGAGGCCUACAAUUGAUGAGGAGAGAGGAGAGGAAGACCCAUUAGUUGGAUCAGAGUUCAGUAACGUGCAGUGUGAUCCAUCCAAUCAACGGAUCCGGUAUUGUAGGAAGUGCAACCAGCUCAAGCCGCCUCGAUGCCAUCAUUGUUCAGUUUGUGGGCGAUGUGUGUUGAAGAUGGACCACCAUUGUGUGUGGGUAGUUAACUGUGUCGGGGCUCUAAAUUACAAGUAUUUCCUUCUUUUCUUGUUUUAUACUUUCCUUGAGACGUCUCUAGUGACGGCAUCGUUACUGCCACAUUUCAUAGCAUUCUUUAGUGAUGGAGAAAUCCCUGGAACACCUAGCUCUCUUGCUACGACUUUUCUUGCUUUUGUUUUGAACCUCGCUUUCGCAUUGAGUGUGAUGGGAUUUCUGAUUAUGCACAUAUCGUUGGUGGCUGCCAAUACAACCACUAUUGAGGCAUAUGAGAAGAAAACUACUCCAAAAUGGCGUUAUGAUCUUGGUCGUCGGAAAAAUUUUGAACAGGUUUUUGGGAUGGACAAGAAAUACUGGUUCAUUCCUGCUUAUUCAGAAGAAGAUGUUCGAAGGAUGCCAGCUCUUCAAGGUCUCGAGUAUCCAUCAAAACCCGACUUCGAUUCCCAAUAGCUGAAAAACCAUAAGGGCAUAUUUGGUUUAAGUUUAAUGUUUUCAUCUUAUACUUUCACUUUUAAUUGCGAAACUGUUCCCGGUUUUCACUCCGUUUCAGGUUUCAAACAUUUGAAUCGAAAACAUGUUUUUCGUUUCAUGUACAAAUCAUUAAAAACAUGAAACAGAAUUAACAUCGGGACAGUUUCAAAAUAAAAGUGAAAACAACAAAAAAUAUGAAUCAGAAAAUGUUAUCUCAAACCAAACAGAAGUGUACACAUCAUGUAACAAAAGGCAUAUAGACUCUGAAACCCUUUGCUUUCUCACUCUUACAAAUCCGGCUUGUAAGUAAUUCUAGGCUCCAAGCAAUUCAUCUGCACAGAGCUAGUAUGAUUUUUUUUUAUAAUGUUACUUAGAGGUGCAUGUGUUAAGUUGAAAUGGAGGGAGCAAUGAGAGGGGAAAGUGUGAGGUUAUGGUUUGACAGGCUAAUGUUCAAGUUUCCUUAUAGUGUGAGGAUUUUUUUCCCCAAGCAAUGCAAUUCUCUUGCUUCUUUUUCUUAUAUUCAAUUCUUAAGAAACUAGUAGCAUUCCAAUACUUGUAUAAUAUAUUCUCAAAUUGUAGAUUAUUAGUAAUCUAUGAAUUUAAUUAAUGUCAAUGAGUUGUUAGUCAAUGAA